UCGCAGCAUAAUAUUAAAAAUUCAAAAAAAAAUAUGAUUUUUUUAGUUCAAUACCCCCAGUAGAACAAAAAAAACCCAAACCAAACCCUAGGCCUAGAAUCGGGAACGAACAUACUGUAUCUUCAUUCAUUGUUUAAAAAACUGCUGAAAAUAUCUUGCAGACUUUGAAACAUAAUCAAAGUCUCUAAUCAGACUCUGUAUUGAACUCAAUUACCACCAAACUCUCACUCGUUUCCUUUUUUCCUCUAUUUUGUUCGUUUUCCUCUCAUGGUUUUGUCUUUUUUCUCAGUAGAAUUCGUGUCGUUUUAGACUGUUUCAUUGCUUUCUCUUAGUAAGAAUUCUUGUCGUUUAGGUUGUUCCCAUUGCUUGAAUCAUGUCCGGGUAUAGAGUUUACGAGAGAAAACAUAAAAGAAAAGAACAAUGUGGUUCGGUUCCUCGAACCCCAGAAAAGCCUACUGCAGGAGUACCAGAGAUAAAGGAAGUUUAUGCAAGGCGGUCCAGAAUGAAGCUUGAAGAAAAGGUUUCUGAGAGUUGUUCAAGUGAAAAGAAAAUUGAUUGUGACAAAACAUUCGACAGUUUUUUUAAUUUGGUUCCUUUGGCCGAAAAGGAUGCCGUGUUUGAUUCUUGCAUGCCAUUGUCAGACAAAGAAAAGGAGCAAAGUUCCAACAGAACAGAGAGCAUAAGUUUGGGAUCGGUAGGCAAAAUAGAUUCGAAGAUGAGCUUGGAUUCUCUAGGCAUGGGGGAUUUGUUGAAUGCUGGUGAAGGCAAGGAACAGAAUUUUUGUCCAGGUAGAAAUUUUGAUGGAAUCGAAGACUUAUACUUGGAGUCCACAGUCUGCACCGUCACAAGCAAGCAAAAAGAAGAUGGUUUCAAUGGGAUUGAAGGUACUUUUUCGGGUCAUGGAGACUCCAUUGAUUUGGAUAAAAGUACUUACACUUUGGAAAACAGUGGUGGUUUUAAUCACCAAACUGAUGAACUCGACUCAACUAGUUUAGCUUCUGCUGGGGCCAUUGAUGGUUCAAAUAUAUUGGAAAAAGAUUGGGAUUCGGUAUUGAGUGAUAAUCAUUUCAUGGAACUCCCAUGUUUGCUCGAGCCUAAAGUUUCUCAGCCUUAUGCAUUGUCACAAGAUAAUGGAUUUAUGCGGGAAACUGUAACUUUUGAUCAAAUUCUGGUCAAUGAUUGCUUGGACCUGAAGCAAAGUAGACAGAAGCCGAAAAGGAAGAUACACCGGCCAAAAGUUGCAUUCGAUGGCAAACCAAACACACUGAAGCUUGCAACUCCAAAGCAAGUAAGGGAAAAGAAACCAAGGCUUGCAACUCCAAAGCUAGUCAAGGAAAAGAAACCAAAGCUUGUAGCUGCGAAGUGGGCUAAGCGAAAGAAGUCUGAGAAUGUAAGGAAGCAAGCAAGUCCUGGUUUGAAUGAAGCCAUAAUUGAGAACAAGAAUCUAUCAGACAUUAAAAGCAACAUGAUCAUAGAGAUCAAUGAAACCCAAGCAGCUGUUGCCAGGGCUUUGGAUUUUCAAUCAGAAAGUUUGGAUGCUAAACCUGUGGAUUAUGCAAGGGCUUUGGAUUUUCCAUUAGAAAAUUUAGAUGCUAAACCUGUGGAGUUUGCGUUUCAUAGUUUUCCAAAGAAAAGAAGGUCCGAAAGGAGAUGGACAUUGAAAAAAAGCAAAAUGAUCAUAGAGAUCAAUGAAACCAAAGCUGCCUUUACUAGGACUUUGUGUUUUCAAUCGGAACCUGUGGAGUCUGCUUCUCAUAGUGUUACAAACAAGAAAAGAAGGUCCAGAAGGAGAAGGAUAUUGAGUUUCUUUAGUUUACCUAUUAUGAGUGUGACAAAAAGUGUCAAGAACAGCAAGAAGAAGCUAUUUACUGCUAAAUGGUUACCAAGAAGAAAAAGGACACCAAGGAAGAGGCCAAGGAAGGUAACUGAGGUAGAGGGAAAAAGUAAUGCUGCUUUAUAUAUUGAUAACCUUGCUGUUGGUAAUCUCACUGUCACUGAUAAGGAUCUCUCAGCAGUGAUGGAGAUCGAAGUAUUGGAAAGUGAUACUCCGGUUGCUGGCACUGGUGACUUUUAUGUCACUGAUAGGAUGGAUCUGGAUCUAUCAGCAAUGAGGGAGAUCAAAGUAUUAGAAACUUAUGCCCCAAUUACUGGCACUGAUAAUCUUUGUGUCAUUGAUCAAACAGUGGGGGAGAUCGAAGAAUGGGAAACUGAUGCUCUGAUUACUGGCAAAAAUAACCUUCGUGUCACUGAUAAGAUGGAUAUAUCAGCAGUGAGGGAGAUUGAAGUAUUGGAAACUGAUACUCCGAUUACUGGCACUGAUAACCUUUGUGUCACUGGAAAGAUGGAUCUAUCAGCAAUGAGGGAGAUCAAAGUAUUGGAAACUGAUAUCCUGAUUACUGGCAAGAGAAAGCGUAAAGCAAGCACACCAGGAGCCAUUGUCAAACCAAGAGGUCAAAGUGGACUCUUGAGCAAAAAGUAUAUUAAUUUCAUUAUUCAGAAAUUGCAGUCUUUUCGUAUCAGUGAUGACACAUUGGUUCCGUACCAAGGGCCAUUUCAACCUCUUAAGAAAAUAAGACCAUUAGUUGUUUUAGAUCCAGAGACCGUGAGGGUUUGGAACUUGCUGAUGGGAAUAGACGUUGAGAGGAUAAAGAACGAAGCAAGUGAAGAAAAGGAGAAAUGGUGGCAAAAGGAAAGAGAAGUUUUUGCUGGACGAGUGGCCUCAUUUAUCGCCCGUAUGCAGCAAAUACAAGGGGACAGAGGUUUCAGGAAAUGGAAAGGUUCAGUUUUGGAUUCGGCGAUCGGAGUUCUCUUAACACAGAAUGUAACAGAUCACUGUUCAAGCAAUGCUUUUAUGUGUCUAGCUGCAAAGUUCCCUCCAAAACAAGCAGCAAGCGGGAGUGAUCCUUGUCUUAGUCAAGAGUCAGUUGGGAGUAACACAGCAGAAUAUGAUGCAGAAGGUAACCAAUAUUUUGUAAUCGAACCUGAACCAGAAAGAAACAAAGAAUUCAAGGAACCAACAGAUGGCUUGAUUGGUGAGUUCCAAGAAACAAGUAUCGAUACUGGUUGUGAAGGUUGUUUACGGGUGAUCAGUAACACCAACUUGCCAACAAUUCCAGAAGCAGACCACAAUGGUGGCUUGGUUGGUGAGUUAGAGGAAACAAGCAUGAAUGCUGGACAAAAAGGUUGUUUACAGGUCGUCAGUGACACCAACUUGCCAGAAAAUUCGAUUGCAAACCCCAACGGUAGUUGUGGACCCAUGGUGCAAAGACAAUACGCGAAAAUGCAAAAACGUGUUCUGUCAAAAAUACCGAAAUUAAAGGAACGUGAGUACUUGAAUAUGGGUUUUGGUAAGAGAAAAUCUACUUCAGAGAAGAAGGAAAGUGCUUCGAAGGAAGAAGAGAUUGAUUGGGAAAGCAUAAGGUUAAAAUAUUCCACUGGUGAAAGAAGCAGUGAUCAAAUGGAUACUGUGGACUGGGAGGCAGUCAGGCUUGCAGAUGUUAAGGACUUAGCUGAUUGCAUCAAAGAACGAGGCCAGCAGAACAGAAUUUCAGAAACAAUCCAAAACUUACUUAACCGAGUGGUUAGUUUACACAAUUGCCUUGACCUUGAAUGGCUACGAGACACCCCACCAGAUUUGGCUAAGCGAUACCUGUUAGAAGUGAACGGGCUGGGGUUAAAGAGUGUUGAGUGCAUUCGGCUUUUAUCACUAGAACAAGUUGCUUUCCCUGUUGACGUAAAUGUUGCUCGAAUUGCUGUUCGUCUUGGAUGGGUUCCUCUCCAACCACUUCCUGAACAACUUCAGUUGCAUCUCCUUGAACAGUACCCCAUCAUGGAUAACAUUCAGAUAUACCUAUGGCCGCGACUGUGCAACUUGCCUCAAAGAAUCCUGUACAAACUUCAUUUUCAUAUGAUAACCUUUGGAAAGGUUACUUGUACCAAGAGUAAGCCAAACUGCAAUGCUUGUCCGAUGAGAGAUAAUUGCAAACACUUCCAAAGUGAAUAUGCCAGUUCAAAGAAAGCCAUCCCGUCUGAUAAAAUGAAAUCAAGUGCGGCUUCAAAUUCAAGCCCUCGAGCAUUAAAAGAGGCUAAACACAUUUUGGAUAGUAAAAGUCAAAUCAAAAUUCAUGAGUCUAUUAUUGAAGAACCUUUUGAACCACCACAGUUUUUCAAUAGUGAAAGUCAAACCAAGAUUUAUGAACUACCACAAUACCUUUUGAAUAGUGAAAGCCAAACUAAGAUUUAUGAGGCUAUCAUUGAGGAACAUUCCCGAUCACCCUCAAAAUAUAAAGCUCUAGAGUCUCUGGAACUGGAGUAUCAAGAACCUGAGAUUGAGCCUAUCAUCAAAGAGCCGGAGUAUCAACAGGCUGAUAUCGAGCCUAUAAUUGAGGAACCUCUCGAAUUAUCCUCAAAAUAUAAAGUUCCAGAGUCUCAAGAACCUGAGAUUGAAUAUGAUUCCGACGGAAUUCCAAUAUUCAGAAUUUCUAUAAUGAAAAACAAUUUCAUGUUUAGAGAUGGUGAGGUUUCAAAUUCAUUAGUUUCUUUGGAUCCGAAUGCAACUUCUGCUCCUAAAUUGAAGCAGAAUAGACGGCUAAGAACUGAGCAUCUUGUUUAUGAACUUCCACGAAAUCAUGUUCUACUUGAAGGGUUAGAACAAACAGAAUCUGAUAAUGAUCUACAAUAUCAUCUUGCAAUAUGGAGAUCAGGUGAAAUUGCAGAGUCAUCAGAACCACCAAAGAAAAGAUGUAAUUCUACGGGGCCUGAUCUUUGUAACGAAGAAACAUGUUUCUCAUGCAACAAUAUUCGGGAAAUUAAUGCUAAUAUAGUUCGUGGCACUCUUUUGAUACCAUAUCGAGUAGCUAACAAAGGUAGCUUUCCACUGAAUGGAACAUACUUUCAAGUAAAUGAGGUGUUUGCUGAUCAUGAAACUAGUUAUCGGCCAAUUAAAGUUUCAAGGGAGUUGAUAUAUAAUCUCCGAACUAGGACAGCAUAUUUUGGAACAUCAAUAUCAGCAAUAUUGAGAGGUGAAUCAAUGUAUAAUAUUCAGAAAUGUUUUUGGACAGGAAUUAUUUGUAAUAGAGGAUUUGAAAGGGGUCAAGGUAUCCCUAGACCUCUUGCAAGCAGAUUUCACUGUGGACCAAGUAAGAUAGAGAAAGUAAAAAGGAAUCUAAACCCAAAACAAAAUUGUUAAGUUAUAAAAGGUAAUAUCUUAUCAAUUAUAAAAUAUUUUUUGAUUUUCUGUAAAUAAAGUAUGCAUUAGUGAUAUUUAUAAUGUAUAUUAAAUCUAUACCAUAUAUUAAAAAUUCUCUAAAAAGAAUAUAUGUUCGACAUGUAUUUAGUUCCUUGAUAGGCACGUAGUAAGUAUUUAAAACAAUUUAUUUGACAAUCGACAUGUAUUUUGAUCUUUGAUAGACAUGUGGUAAGUAUUUAAAACAGUUUAUUGUUUUUCUGUUUCAACUAUUA